UAUAAAGUUAUUUUUUUAUUCAACAUCAGAGUCUGAUAGCCCCGCCCCCUCCGCUACGUAAUGACUUCAUUUUCUCGGUUUAUUUAAGUGCAUCAUCCGGGUAUUUCAUUUAAAGUGUACUUUUUCUAUUUGGAAUUUCCAGUGAGUACACUACUCGCACUAUUUAUUAUAUAAAUGACAGAGUAGUGCAUAAGUACUAAAAAAAAAAGUCACUUCCAAAUGUUAGGAAUUAUCAGAGUAAACAAGGUUGACCUUUGAACUUUUGGCAUGCAGGAUAGUUCCAAUCAUGGCGCUAUGUGGACUCAGGGUAAUUAUUUUAGCAGCCUGGUUUACCGGGACUCAUUUGGCCAAUGUAGCGGAGGAUUUGUUUUACACGGCUGCAGUGUAUGAGCACCAAGUUCUCCUGAACCCAGAGCCGAAGGUGGCUGUGGGACGGAAAGCCGCGCUGCAGCACAUGAACCGGAACUUGGAGGUGUUUGAGAAACAGGCGACUUCCGCUGCACAGCAGGGAGCCCAGAUCCUGGUGUUUCCAGAGGACGCCAUCCACGGAUUCAACUACAGCAGAGUGUCUAUAGCUGCGUAUCUGGAGACGGUGCCGGAUCCUGGAGCAGUGACGUGGAGCCCAUGUGCAGAUCCUGACAGAUUCUACAAUACAGAGGUCCUGCAUCGUUUGAGCUGCAUGGCACAGAAGAAUCAUCUCUUCGUGGUGGCUAACAUGGCCGACUGCCAACCCUGCAACAGAUCAGUCGAUCCGCUGUGUCCAGCCGACGGCCGCUACCAGUUUAACACCGACGUAGUUUUUAGCGACAACGGCACCAUCGUGGCCAGAUACCACAAACAGAACCUGUACUUUGAGGCAGCCUUCGACACACCUCCUGAAUGCGAGUAUGUGACGUUCGCUACUCCGUUCGCCGGGCGCUUCGGGGUGUUCACCUGUUUUGAUAUAUUAUUCCGGGAGCCGGCUGUGACCCUGGUGAAGGACAUGGGCAUCAGACAGUUCGUAUACCCGACAGCUUGGAUGAACCAGCUCCCCCUGCUGGCUGCUGUGCAAUUUCAGCGCUCAUUCUCUUAUUCAGCUGGCGUCACUUUGCUGGCAGCAAACAUCCGCUCGGAGGCUUUGGGUAUGACAGGAAGUGGGAUAUUUACACCCUGGGAUGCACUUUAUCAUCACGCCACAGAGGGCGAGGCUGGGAAACUGCUGGUGCUAAGAGUGCCGGUCUUGGAUCCCUUAUCACUAGGGGACGCUCCAGAGAGGGCUCGAUUGAAAUUAGUGCCCUUCUCCGGCUUUCCCAAAGUGGAUAAUGGAGAGGAACCCGAGUUUAGACCGUUCCAGAGAGGAGCAGACUCAGAAUUUUGCCUAAAAGAGGAUUUGAGUUGUAUUAAACGGUCUGCUCAGUUUACCUCCACGAUGAUGUACGAUAACUUUACACUAGUGCCUCUACAUGGCAAAGAAGGGAAUCUCACAGCAUGUGACGGCUCAUUCUGCUGCCACUUGCUCUUCCGGAGGACAAAUUCCACCCCCGAAGAAGAGCUCUAUGCCCUGGGGGCAUUUGAUGGCCUCCAUGUGGUCCAUGGGACGUACUACCUAGAGGUGUGCGCCUUAGUUCGGUGCACAGGGCUCCAUCAGGAAAGCUGUGGAGGAGAGACUGAGCAUGCGCAUACGCUGAUUGACUUUCACCUGCAAGCGGCGUUCAGUACCGAGCACGUGUACGCCGGCUUGCUGGGCAGCGGGAUGACUCUGGACCGACCGGAUGAAUCCGGCUGGAAAAGCGGCAGGUUUUACAUGAGCCGAAGAGGAAUGACGAGCGGCCUGGUGACUGCAGUGCUGUACGGGAGAGUCUAUGAGAAAGACAGCGAAUAAAAUCGCACAGCUCUUUCUUUCAGUAUUGUAUCAGUGUUCUGCAGUUGAGUGCCAAAGUUUGCUUGAAUUUUGAAUGGAGAAAAAAAAAAGAAAAUAGGCCUCUAACUUACAAUUUAAAUUAAUCUUCUAAGAAUUAAAAACAAUAAAGAGGUAUAUCCUACAAAACAACAACAAAAGAAGACCUGAAAUGAGACGUGAAGUGAAGCAAAAGCAGGAGUCUUUUGGUUGCCACAUGUGAUUUGAAGACGUGGCGGGAAAUAUCACCACGUUUAAUAAAAAAGCCAGAAGACAAAUUAAUUGUCAACUCCAAAUCAUGUUAAAUCCCUUUUUUUUUUGCCAUUUUAAUAGUUUCUACUGUAUUACAGCCUUUUGCUGUAACCAUAAGCACGGAGUCUAAUAAUAAAAAGAGCUCAAAUUGAAGAUAUAAAGAAGAAUAUUUUCCUGAUUUUCCUACAAGUAAUUAAUUUUAAAGCGG